CCCACACACCCAUGUGCUGCUAUCCGCCAUUGCUCUAAACUCCGAAGCUACAAGACGAGCCGAUCGGAGCGUGGAGGGAUGUCGGCGGGUGCAGGAGAAGGUAGCGGGAGCAAGGUGUUCAACCUGGGCCCGGCGGCGAGCUACCAAGCAGAGGAUCUGGUGAUAAAGCGAAAGGCCCCUGGUCGGGACGAGGAGAGCCUUGUGAAAUGGAGCCUCGCAGAUCCCGACGCCCUCUCCAAGGAAGAAUAUGACGAGUAUGGAGAGAAGAUGUGCCAGACGUAUCUCGUGUGGAUGCGGAACGCGGAGGUGGAGGCUUGCUGUCCCAAUCUGCUGUCUCUCCAGAGAGCUCACGACAGCCGGCAGCACCCCCCGCAGCAAGGCGGCCUCGAGGCAGCGGCCGGGGAGCAGCAAGCGGCAUCGUCCAGCUCCGCAGCAGGCAAGGAAGGAGAGGCGGGCGAGGAGUCCGUGACGGAGAUGGUGGAGGACAUCAAGAGUCUGGUCGCCAGAGCCAAGCGCAUCUUCGCCAGGUCUCGGGAAGACGCGAGGAGGGGGCUGGGGAAAGCAGGAACGAAGAUGCUGGCUAGCACCAUGAACAUUCUCAGUGCGUACGCGCAGGUCGGCGCCGUUGCGAACACGUUCCGCGAGAGCGGAGCGCUGGACUUGCUGCUGGACCUGCUGACGUCCGAGGACGGCGACAUACGACGCAGCGCAAGCGAGGUGCUCCGUUCCCUGGCCACGUUCGACGCGGGGAGCCGCGCCUACGUGCUGCUGAAGCUCACGGAGGGGGACGUGAGUGGGGCAGACAACUCCACCUCCCAGAGUCGGCAGAUGAUGCUGGAUCUCUUCUCGGACACUGCGUCUGUGAACGAGAGCGAUGUAGUUCUCAGCAGCACCACACUGCCACAGGUGCCGAGUCGGUUCAUCUACUACCUCCUGAAGAAAUAUCUCCACGUCAACUCGCUCAUCAAGGACCAUGACUCCGCCUCCUCCCUGUCUGUUGCUCGCAGGCGACGACAAAACCCUCCAGCGAUUGCGGGACUUUGAGGUGUUCGAUGCACAGUUCGAUCUCCUCGCGGAACUCUUCUUCGUCUUCAACUGGUUCGAGGGAACCUUGCUCGAGGAAUACCAGAAGACGAUCCAGCGGGCCUUGAAGGGGGUCUCAAUUUUCACGGGGACCAUGCCCACCGCGGAGGCGCUGGCCCCCCGCAGGAAGAAGAAGAAGGUCUACAAGACGAGAGCGGAUUUCGGCACUGACGACAAAUACGGGAACUACGUGAAGAAUACACUUCGCCAGGGAAUGAGGGUGAAGGCCAGAGGCAGCUAUGAGUCGGUGUCAGAGGGGGACUAUGGUGUGUAUCGUCAGACCAACAACGGCCAUCCUCCCGCUCAGUUUGCCUGGGACGGUCUCGGGGGUGACACCUACUGGCUGUGGUGGCAUCAGGUCGAGAUCCUCCCUCCCAUCUCCUUCGACAAUGAAGAUGACGACCCGGCCACGAUAGCGUACCAGCGACCGCUGAAGCAGCCGUACGUGAUGCGAUCUCUGGACUGGCCGACGGACGUGUCUCUCUCGCAGGUGCCCGUGAGUCAGCCGUUCUGGUGGGAGGUCCUCUGUCUGGCCAACACCGACCCCGAGCUGGUGGAGACGGUUGUCAGUAUCAUCAGACUUCCCCACAUCAAGACGCUGGCAGACCUGGUGUCGUACACCCCAACCCACGCCCAGUGUGCCCAGAUCCUCGAGGCCAUGGAGAGAUCCGCCCCGUUCCUCGCCAGAGAGCCACUCAGCGUCAAGGAACUGAGCCAGUUCCGAGAGAAGUACUCCGACCCCACGCAGGAGAUAGCCGUCGCCAACGACAACCCGGACGAGCAGGACAAGGCGUUAGCGGGGCCGUACCGACUGGUGGCUCCGUACCUUGACCCCUACGACCAGGAGGACCCCAUCCACAGCUACCUCCCUCAUGACAUACCAAACUUUGAGGACAUGUUGCAAGGAUCACGCAAGGAGAUCGAGCAGCUGUUUAGAACAGAGUUUGAGGGCAAAUUCCCUCAGUCUCGCCGAAUGCUGGAGACACUGGCCAAAGAAGGUCUAGAGGAUGCCCCCCAGAACUUUCUCCGGACCGUCUCCGGUUAUCUCAAGUACCGUCGCGAGGACCAGGACCCCGUGAUGCAGCUGCGUUCUCUGGAGCACCGGCAGGACGGCACCAUGGCCCUCAUCACUCAGGUCAGAGAAGCCCUCGAGAAGCACGUGGCGGAACACCCGACGAGUGCCCGGGUGGCCACCCACGGUCUCCGUGCCUACCGCUCCGGAGUCCAGGCCAUCAACGUGGACUCGGAGCGCCAGGCCGCAUGCACCAGCGGGCUCUUCAACCAGUUCCUGAGACUCGUGAAAAUGAGCCCGACUUCUUGCAAACUGCAGUGCGUAGGGGUCGACUGUUUCUUCCACCUCAUGGGCGGGUUCUCCAUCUUUGCCUCCGUGCCGCACCCGCAGUCAGGCCGGAAGACGGUGGGCGGAGUUUCGGAGGCGACCAAGGCGAUAGUGAUCGGGACACUGGAGAGUCUAGUGACGUCGGAUGGGGAAGAGGGAGGACUUAGGGUCAUUGUUUCGGCUCUGGCCACCAUUGUUGACUGCUAUAAUAUGGAGAUGGGCCCCAUUGAAAAGAAAAACUGUGUCUACGCGGUUCGUCACGGCCUCUUCAUUCUCGCUGGCCUCCUGAAGGACUGCGAACUCCAGCAGAAGAUGGUCGGCUGGGGCAUCCCCGACCUUCUCUACAACGUCAAGACCAAAUUCCCCGAGUUCUCCACGAAGAAAGACGUCUGUGCGCUGAUCGUCGAGUUCUCCCCAGAGUGUGGCCACAUGAAGGACAUGCUGGAUAGAGACGACUUCGGCUCUGAGGAGGCGCGGAAGGCACUGGUGAAGGAGAUGCUGUCGGUCAUCAAGGCUCUGCGGAGGUCGGAAGACAUCUACUCGCGAAACCCUCUCCCUCGUCUCCUCCGAAUCAUGGACAGGGACAUGACCUCCAACGACAUGUUUCUCAGACCUGGAGUGACGUUUGCCAGGGCAUUCCUGAAAAACAAGGGAGUGUUCUACCUAACGCAGGCCAUGGACGCCAACAAGAGUGCCACCUUCACCGAGAACGCCCUCACGAUCCUGGGAUCACUGAUCAAGGUUGACGAGGAAACGGCGGCUCAUGUGGUGAUGCAGGGAGGACUCCGUGCCGUCUCUACCUGCAUGCACACCUUCCCCGGCAACAAACCAAUCCAGAGACUGUGUCUGAAUGUUCUGGAAGCUCUGUCCAAGGACAGUGAUCAUGUGACUGUCAUGUACCACGUCAAUCUCCUCCCGGCCCUCAAGAACGUCCGAGAGAAAUAUCCCGACGAUUUCGACUUGACAGAUGUUGCGUUUGCAAUGAACGAACUAAUCGAGGCGAACAAGCUGACGGAAGCCGAGCGGAACCAGAAGAUCAUUAGGAUCAUCUUUGCCGGGAUGAUGGAGAUGAUGUUGAACUCUGUCGAAGACAGCCGGCGCGCCUGGUCUCCGCUGUUUGUCCCGAAGUUCAGCGCCUUUGUCAAGUACCUGUCGGCAGGCUCAGGAGGAGGAUUGAGCAUGGCCCUGCGGGACAACUGCUGGGAGAAGACUGAGGUCUCCAGCAACAGUCACCGUAGCUCCCGUAUCCUUGACAACGAUAGCUCCACCUACUGGGAGAGUACCGGACGCAACGGGUCCCACUGGCUGCGGCUCUACAUGAAGAGAGGCCUCAUUAUCAAGAAGCUCUGUAUGGACGUGAACCCAAGUGAUUCCAGUUACAUGCCCCAGCGGAUCACGGUGCAGGGGGGCGUGGCAGCCGACCACGUGGAGGACCUGAGCACCGUGUACAUUCCGUCCACGUUCCUUGGGGAGUUUGAGUUGCUGAAAAACUGCAAGAAACACUACCCGGUCAUUGUGCUACGCAUCAAGAGGAGCCAGCAGGGAGGUAUAGACGUGAGGGUGAGGAGGAUCACGUGCGAGACGACCCGCACAUCUCUCUGGUCACUGUUCGGAGACCUCUUCUCUGUGAGGACCAAACUGUUCUACAACAUCCAGGUCCAGACGUGGCUGAACGAUCCUUCCCUCACCUCCCUCGACGUGUUCGACAGGAUGAACGCGGUGGUGCUACACGAGCAGCUGUUCGCUGACCAUUUCUUGAUGACGCCAGCUGCCCGCUACUCUCUGGGGCAGUCUCUCCGCGUGGCCCUCAUUACACCACUCAUCGACAAAUUCACCGUCACUCAAGUUGAAGGAGGGGAGAAGGGGUCAAGCCUGCCGACUCUGAUGAAUGACUACGUCUCUCAGAUGCAGCCGCCCGUCGCCACCCAGUGGCAGGCGCUGGUUGCCUCGACGACCGUGGAGCAGCUGGAGGCAGACACCUCCGCCUUUGCCAGUCAGAGUUUCGACUUUGUCGGAGGACAAAAGAGGUUGAUACAGAUGUCACGUAUCAGGAGGAUGUGUCGUCUCCUGGUGGACUGCGACAUGAACACGCCCACCAGGCGAGCCAUGGAACUGGGGAUCGAGCCGAACACUGCCGACCUUCGAACCCUCAUCGGUCUUGUCGGGGGAGGGGAAAAGGGAGUCGUCCAGUCUGGAGACAGUAUCACAGCCAUAGCCUUCUGCUGGCGGGACCUGGUCAAAGCUCGCGUAACCGGUGUGGUAAACCGGUUUGACCAGUACGACUCACCGCAGGCCCUGGCGGCCGACUUGGUCAGCGUCUACGACCAGCUAAAGCAGGCAAUGCUGGAGCUGUUUGGCGGGCACUCGACCUUUGCACUCUCGCUGAAGGAGGGUUUUUCGAAUGCCUUCAGGAGCCUCAACGAGAUGCAGGGACUUAGGUUCUGCGAGAUCCUCUGUCGGUGUAUCGACUCCCUAAUGAACACCGCCUGUCGGGACGCAGCCCGGUUCCAGUCCGUGGGCGAACACCAACGCGAGGCCAUGCUCAUGCACUUUGCAGAGCCACUGCAGUUCAUCCAUAACCUGGACAUUGCUCACGUCUUUGAGCACUACUAUCGGCGCCACCUUGCGGCCAGACUCCUCCGCGGACGCUCCGUCUCCAUGACGCUGGAGAAGCGUCUAGUGCAGACCUUCUCUCACUGCUUCCCCCACAAGUACCCCAGGCAAAUGCUGCAGGAUCUAGAAGAGUCAGGGUCACUGAUGGACAGGUUCUGUGACAGCGAACUGCUCGAGAGCCUCGACCAAAUGAUCAUCCAGACUGCCUCCAGCAACAUGAGCCAGAAGGUCAUGGACCUAGCCAUGCGCUCCUCGUUCUACCGACAGAGAAGGCUGCAGGUGUCAAUCCUAAAUGCCUGUUUCUGGCCGCUCCGCCAUCACCCCAUGCCCUCUCCCUCCUCCCUCCCCAAACCCCUGGACUCCUUCUGUGAUGAGUACCAGAAGUUCUUCAAUGCUGCCCAUGAGAAUGCAGUGAAGCAACACGAGAGAGCGAGAAAGCUCCAUUGGACCCUGCAUGGGUGGGCGUCGGUCCAAUACUCCGGUCUCAACCUCUCUGUCACCACCGUUCAGAUGAUCGUCCUCCUCUUCUUCAACUCAGCUGAGACCCUCACGAUGAAGACACUCCACGAUUCGACCCUCAUCGACUACUCUGAUCUCUCAGAUGCACUCCUCGGACUAACAGCCAAGCGACAGAGCGUCCUUCUCCACACCCACAACCUCGGCUCCGCCCCUCCUCCUUCGGAGCUGCCACCCGGCGACAACGUAGCAACAGCUGACGCCCCUCUGCCCAACACCCACUUCCGACCGAGUAGCGUCUUCACGAUAAACGAGGCGUUCCCGAUGGAAGUAGGGCGGAGUCAAGAGUCGAACAUCGUCCUGUUCCACGAAGUGAAGAAGAUCAACAGGAAGAAGGGUCCGAGCCACACCCGGGCGGAACGGAUCCUGGACCUGACCCACAUCCUGGAACGGAGACGGACCAUCAUGGAUGCCGGGAUCAUCCGCAUCAUGAAGAAGGAGAAGGAGAUAGCUGUCAACAGCCUUGCUAUCAAGAUCAUCAAGGCCUGUGGCACCGGUCGAUUCAGUGACAGACAGAUUGAGUUUGGCAAGUUUGAGGUCGAAGUUCGCGACGUGUGCUCACGAGUGGAGCGACUCAUCGGAGACGGAUAUCUGAAGCGAACCAAGAAUAAUCCCCAGACCGUGGCCUACGUCCCCGAUCCAGACUCACAGCCGGAAACAGCUGCAAAAGAGGGAGAGGGAGAGGGAGAGGAGGAGAGGGAGAAAGAAGAGACCAUGGAGCAAGAGAUAGGGGAGGGAGAGGAAGAGGAGAAAUCAGUGAGAAAGAGGCCCACAUCAGGUGGCGGGUCGCCAGCCGUGAAGAAGAAUAAGCGUAGGAAGGAGGAGGGAGCGCAGCUGCUGAAGGCCCUUCUCUCCUCGCCCUCCAUGACCGUGGACAAGGUGGAGGAGAAAAUGGUCGGCGAACUGGACAGCCUAACUCAGAUUCUGCAUGUGGAGCGGCCCCUGCUGGAGGCCCUCCUGGUCCACUCUAAAUGGAACCACAACCAACUGCUCCGGCAGUACCUCGAGAACAGCACCACCGUCAUGAAGGAGGCGGGGCUUGGGGACGGAGACGGUGCCGAGCCGCCGCCCGCCGACUCCCAGGUGACUUGCCCCGCCUGUCUGAAACAGAAGAACGUUGCCGAGAGCAUGUGGCUAUCCUGCAACCACGUCUGCUGCAAGACCUGCUGGGAGCGACACCUGAGGACAGAGCUGGAAGCAGGCCACGCCCUCUCCUCCGCCUGCCUAGUUGAGAACUGCCCCGCCCGAACAACUCGGGCCUUCUUUGCCGCCGUUCUCGGAGAGGACAGCGAGGAGUUUAAGAAAUACAACUCUGCAGUCAUAGACUCCUAUAUCGAGUCGAACCCUCAGUUGACCUGGUGCCGAAACCCCGCCCAAUGCGACCAGAUCCUCUCCAGAGGUGAAGGGGUUAACUCGGGAACCUGCCGCAAGUGUAAAUGGUGUUCCUGCUUCCUCUGCAAGUACAAGGAGGGGCACCCCCCAGCGUCCUGCGAGGACAUUGAGAAGUGGAUCAAAGAGGGAGGUUACCAUGACGGCAUGGACCAGCAGGCCAAGACGAAGCACCUGAAGACACUGACGGUCAAGAAAUGUCCGGCGUGUCAGGCCCAGGUCGAGAAACACGACGGAUCUCUCUGCCAAACCUGCAAGUGUGGCAUGAAGUUCUGCUGGAAGUGUGUCAGACCUUGGAAACCACUUCACAGCGACUACAGCAACUGCUCCUUCAAGUUUGGUGCCAAUGCUCGUCAGCACAGGAAGUUGAAUGACUAUAACGAGAGGGUCACCAACUCCUACAAGUCCAGGGACUUUGCCAUGAGACUGUGUGACAUCAUGACCAGCAUCGGAGAGGCCGUCCCAAUGAAGACCCUCAGUUUUGUGAACGACGGCUGUGAACUACUCGUCCAGUGUCACAAGAUGAUGAUAUGGGCCACCAUUGCUGAGUACUACACUCCCCAGGACGGCACUGCCUACCUCACCUUCCUCGUGGAUGAUCUCGACGCAAACACCACAGCUCUUCAGACCUUCCUCGAGAAUGUCCUAUUACGAGGAGAGGACAUGGCCACAAGUCUCCGUUCCAUCAGGGAGCGAAGACUCCUGCGGAACUACCGUCUCGUCUCCAAGAUCGAGAACACCAUGAACAAGUUCCUGAUUGGAUUCCAACACAGUUUCAAACUCGGAGACCCAUCAGCUGAGGUUCCUGCUAGUGCCAUGGCCAAGUUGAAUCCAAUUUUGCAAGAGGUUGAACCUGUUUACAGUGAGGACGAAACCGAAGAUGAGAAUGAAGAGGAGAGACAAGAUGACGAUAAUCUGAGCUGUGUAUACAGUGACGACGGGUCUCAGGAUCUCCCUAGCGACGUGGAAUGGGGUAACGAGUUUGAAGAGGAUCUUGGAAUGUACUCUUAUUUCUGAGACCACACCUUUUUUGGACCAAAUUGACUUCCCUAAUGACUGCUUUAGAACUACCUGUAGGUUUUUUGCUGCGAUUUUCUGCAAUGAAAAAUGCUUUAUGAUGAACUUUUCUGAUAUUAAAAGUCAACAGAAUAAUAGAUUGAAUGCCCGUUCGUUGUGUAUAUUAUAAUUAUACAACCUGGUAAUGCACUUGAUGCCUAAUCAUGAGGGAUAAGAGAAAAUGAAAGAGAGA